AUGAUGGUCCCAAGAGCUUAUCUUUUCAGUUCCCUACCUCCGUCUCCGAAGACAUCUCUCCGUCAACAUGGUGAGAGAACUCCAGUCACCAAGUCCUCCCUGGAUCUUCUCCCCGUCCAAGAUUAUGCGAGUCUCGAAUUUCCAUCCGACUCUUCUCCGCAGACCAUGCACACCAGUCCGGUUGUGAUACCCCCGAAGCGGGCUCCUCGCGUGACCUCGGUGCAUUCGCAGACCGCAAAGAAAGGGCCAGCCACGCCGAAGAAGUCUAGAACGGUGUCUCACAAGUCGUCGUCGGCCACUUUGACUGACCGGUCCGUGCCAAGUUCGAUUGCGUCGAUUCUGGAAGCCACGGCAAUCCCCGUGCCUCGCCGGGGAUGGACUGUUCGAGAGACUCGCAACCGCAGGAAACUGCCUCGUGUGGAUCAUGUGCAGCAAUUCAGCAAGCUGCUGAUGGACGGUGUGGGCGAUAAUUCGAUGGAGAGCACGGGCAACACAGUGCUGGAUCUACUUUUGAGUCCCCCGGAUGAGGUCGACAAGUCUACAGUUGGGAGUGAUUGUGACAGUGAGGCGCCAUCUUUCUCCGCUUGCUCUAUGUCCCUUGAGUCGACGCCGUCGUUGGAGCGCGACUACGACUCACCAUCCAGUCUCCCGGCACCAUCUACGCCGUCAAGCCAGCGGAGCCCGUUGGAGCGAAAGUUUCACCGCCAAUCACCUUGUGAGAACUGCAUCUUCGACCACCCUUUGCUAGACAACGAAGUGUCGGACACGGAAGAGGAUUUUGUCGAGCAGGCCUCAUUGCCCGAUCUGACCCCGAAGAGCCCGACACCAUCUCGAACGUUCCCGCGGUUAGGAUCCACAUUCAAAUCUAACCUAACGGCUUCUUUGCGAGCAAUUAAAUCUGCUGCGCAGAGUGUCUCGGCCUUUGCUACUCCUUCCGUUCAGCCGGACGACUUUCUGACCCGGUCGCUCUUCAUGAUCACGCCGGAGAUGACGGACGACCGACGGCCUCCGCCCAUGAACGAGCCGCCAUCUCCCGCACUCCGACGGUACCUGAACCCAAUAACGGUCUCACCAGCGGAGAUGUAUGCUUAUCAGGAAUACCCACACGAGUCCCUUGAUAGCCCCAACUGCCCUGUUUCCGUGCAAAUGCAAACGUACCAUCGCUCGGGUAGGCGCGGCAGUCGCAGGAGCGGGUUCCACCUGGCUCGCUCUGAGGGCCGCGACCGACAGCUGCUACCAUUCGACCCGGAGAUCCCGCCCAUGUCACGCCAGCGCGAGCCGCGGGAGAACAGCGAUUUCCUGCGCAUGGUGGUUCUCGAGAUGAACAUGCGACGCAGCGGCAAGCUUCGGGACGAUGUUCCGACGCGGGCCCGGAUCUGGCUGCCACCCCGCAAGGGCAGUCAGGGCCGUUAUGUUCGGUAUGACUAUUACGAGGAUGAUGAUGAGGACGAGAACGCAGUUCCCUCUCGUUGGGUCGGGAUCUCUAUAUUGGAGGCGUUCCCCUUUGGGUUAACGGGGCAUAGCGAGGCGUUUGGGAAAAGGGGAGAACCACCUAUUCAUUUGGAAUAUUGCUAGAAUACACCUGGCUGGCUUUAGGUAGAACAAUUGCUACUAUCAUUUAC